AUGGCGGCUUCAACAGAGAAGAAGCCCUUUUUUGGGUAUAGAGGAGGAUGGCUCACAUUUUGGAUCACGGUUGCGUGUGCUACGGAUAUGACGCUCUUUGGAUACGAUCAAGGAGUCUUCAGCGGCGUCGUUGUGACAAAGGACUUUCUCGAACUUCACAACCUCGUCGGCCCAUCCAAGACAAACCUCCUAGCCACCGUCACAGCCAUCUACGACAUCGGAUGUUUCGUCGGUGCCAUGAUCGCCUUUACCAUCGGUGAACGGCUUGGCCGCAAAAAGGCCAUCAUCAUGGGGACUGUCAUCAUGUCUGUCGGUACGCUCAUUAAGUGUACUUCGUAUAGUCUUGCGCAGAUGUUUGUUGGGCGUAUUAUCCUCGGAAUUGGGAAUGGUAUCAAUACUGCGACUGCACCUAUCUGGCAGACUGAAACAGCCCAAGCCAAGUGGCGUGGAAAACUCGUCAUCCUAGAGAUGGCAAUGAACAUUGCCGGUUUCUCACUCGUCAACUGGAUCAACUACGGCUUAUCCUUUGUUGAAGGCUCCGUUGCCUGGAGAUUCCCUCUUGCUUUUCAGUUUGUCUUCAUCUUUGUCCUGUUUGGCACCGUUCCAUGGUUGCCUGAAUCUCCUCGUUGGCUCAUUGCUCACGACCGUACUGAUGAAGCCGUCAAAAUUCUCGCUUGUAUCGAGGACAAGGAGGUUACUGACGCGGCUGUCACUGCUCAGCUUCACGAGAUUCAGUUCAGCGUCGACUAUGAACGUGAACACUCUGUUAAAUGGAGCGACAUUUUGUUACGUCGAAACAGAGAUCAGGCCGAUACAAAGACUAUGCGACGUCUUCUUCUUGGAGCCUUUACGCAGUUUAUGCAGCAGUUUGAGGGCAUCAACAUCAUGUCGUACUAUAUGCCUACUGUCCUUAUCAACUCCGUCGGCCUCUCUGAAAGCAUGGCCCGACUCCUCUCCGCCUGCAACUCCCUCUCUUACCUCGCCUUCUCAUCAGCCGCCGUCCUCCUUGUUGAACGCUGGGGCAGAAGAGGACUCAUGCUACUCUCCACAGCCGGACAACUGCUUUCUUUCCUCAUCAUCACCAUAAUGCUCCGCUACGCCGAAGGAGACGGUCCCAACACAGAAUCAUACGCCUCAGCUUCGAUUGCCUUCUUCUUCCUCUUCUUCAUCUCGUUUGGAAUUGGAAUGUUGGGCGUUCCUUGGCUGUAUCCUACCGAGAUCAACUCUCUGCCCAUGAGAACCAAGGGAGCGGCCCUGGCAACUGGAACAAACUGGCAAAUUACUCCUAUUGGUAUUCAGAACCUUGGCUGGCGAUUCUGGAUCGUCUGGACGGUCACAAACGCCUUCUUCCUCCCCGUCAUCUACUUCUUGUACCCCGAAACCUCAAACCGCAAGCUCGAAGACUUGGACGCCUACUUCCGCGAGAACCCAUCCGUCAUUGUCAUCAACGACAAGGACGCCAUCUCGUCCAAGAGACCCCUCAAGUACAUCCAACAGGAGGAGGAAGACAUCCGACGCGAGCAGAGAAGCAUUGGAGAAGCAGUCUUGGAUGAAAAGGCGCUGUAA